AUGAAAUUCUUGGAAGACCGAGAGUUGGCGCAACUGAACAACUUCCUAUCCCACGUGAACUUAGGCGACCACGAAGUCACCGGACAGUUGGAGAAUUAUUCGUGCAAACUCGCGGGUCAAGAUAAGAAAAACUUUGGCGCGAUUGAAACCGACGUGGUGGAAGAGCUCAGCUCGUCGCCGAACUUGUACUCGACGUCGCCGGUUGGACCUUUGACGGAUUCGCACUCGAGGAAGACGCUGAUUUAUUUAAUCUUGACGUUAAAUCAAGCGUAUCCAGAUCACGAUUUCUCGAAUUUGCGACCGAAUAAUUUUAGCAAAGAAGUUGGCGUUCCGGAGUGUAAAGAAGAAAUCGAUCAGAUGUUGUACGACGUGGGUAAAGUGUACGAUCAAACUCGGUUAUACGGCGCGAGCGGCAGCGGAGGCAGUUUACCGUUUUCGGAUGAACUGUGGAGGUGCAUAAACAGCGCGAUUGAGUUACAAGACGUGGACGUGUAUUCUUACGCAGCCAUAAACGACGGCGACCCGUUCGAUGGCGACGGGAGUUUGUGGAAUUUCAACUAUUUCUUUUACAACAAGAAACUGAAACGGAUCUUGUUCUUUUCGUGCGCGAGUAAAAUCAAAAGAGACCAAAGCUUUUACGAAGACGAAGAGGAAAACGAACACGUCGGAGUGAGAAUGCGUUCGUCUCAAAUGACGCCGACGCCGCCGUUGAACUACUCGUCCAGAGGCUACGCGGCUUCUUUCGACGAUUUGGCCAUGGACGACAUGCAGUGA